CCCGUAGUCCUGCUCAAGAGCGCUCUCCUGGCAUGCGCCGCAAGAACCUCAAAAAGGGUCUUAGUUUCACCAUCAUGGUUGCUGGUCCAUCUGGUGUUGGAAAGACCACAUUUUUAAACACAUUAUGUGAAAAUCCUGUCUUGCCUACCCGUGAAGUCCCCGACGCUGAGACUGCUGCCAUGGAAAAGACGGUCAUGAUUAAUCCUACUACUAUCGAAAUGGAGGAGGAUGGCAUGAAACUCUCAUUGACAAUCAUUGACACGCCAGGUUUUGGUGACAACAUCAACAACGAAAAUAGCUUCCAUGCCAUUCUACAGCACAUUGAACAUCAGUAUGACGAGAUUUUGGCCGAGGAGUCUCGAAUCAAGAGAAAUCCUAAAUCCCAAGAUAAUCGGAUCCACGCAGUCUUGUAUUUUAUCCAACCCACUGGCCAUUCACUUAGAGAGGUCGAUAUUGAGUUUAUGCGUCGACUCAGUCCUCGCGCUAAUGUGAUUCCUGUCAUUGCUAAAGCCGACUCACUUACUCCACCCGAGCUCGCUGAUUUCAAACGAAGGGCAAGUAUCAUAAUUUGCAAACUCAUUAUGGAAGAUAUUGCCCACUACAAAAUCCCUAUUUAUGAUUUUCCUAUUGACCCUGAAGUCGACGAUGAGGAAACCGUCGAGGAAAACAACGAGCUGCGCGCGCUACUACCCUUUACCGUUAUUGGUGCCGAGGCUGAGGUGACUGUUGCCGGAAGACGAGUGCGUUGUAGACAGUAUCCGUGGGGUAUUGUAGAAGUUGAUAAUCCUCGCCACUGUGAUUUUUCAAAGCUUCGUUACAUGUUACUCAACUCUCACCUGCAGGAUCUUAAAGAAGUUACUCACGACAUUCUUUACGAACAGUAUCGUACCGAAAAGCUUAGCUCUGACGAUGCUCCACUUGAAGCAGAUGCUCUGCUGCGAUCCCAGGAAGCAUCUGUUAAGCGCGAGUACGGACAGCGAAUGGAAGGCAUUUAAAGCCUCGGACGAAUACUAUUUUCUUUAAAUAUUCCGUCUCGAUAACAAAGACAAAAUUUUAUCU